UCAUAAAAAAAAUAUAAUAAAUAAAUAAAAAUAACUCUAUACAACCCAGGGUGGUCGUUUUCUCAGAGUUGAAUAUUUAAUUAAUACUUUAUUAUUAUUAUACUUUGCCGAAAAGAAUAAAAAUUUGAUUCCUUUAAUUAAAACCAUUUUUUUUUAUUUAAGAUAAAAACACAUCAUGGAUCUGGAAAGUUAUAUAAAAACCAGUUUUAUAUUAUAUUCAACAAAAAAAAUGUUUUUAAUUAAUUUUUCUUCCUUUUUCAAAAAUUAAAUUUCACUAUACACCAAAAUUUGUUUAGUAUAUAAGUACAUAAGUUUUUAUUAAUUUCUUUAAAAAUCUCUAAUUUGUUUUUCUCAACUGAGGAAAAGUUGCAGCAAUUGGGUGAGUGUGAUCAUCAAAAUCAGAAAAUAAAAAAAAUAAAAAAAAUCAAAACCUUAAAUUUCCGUUCAAAAGUUCAAUAAAUGGUUCUUUGAGACUUGAAACCGCUCAUGUUAUGGAUCUGGAAGGUGGAAGAACUCGUCGAAAUUCUUCCAAGAAAGACUCGUGGAGGACUGUUCUGACACUGGCAUAUCAGAGCCUUGGAGUUGUUUAUGGAGAUUUAAGCAUUUCACCUUUAUAUGUAUUUAGAAGCACUUUUGGUGAGGGAAUUGGUCACUCUAAUACAAAUGAAGAGAUUUUCGGUGUUUUGUCUUUGGUGUUUUGGUCUGUGACACUGGUUCCUUUAGUUAAAUAUGUUUUCAUAGUGUUGAAAGCGGAUGAUAAUGGUGAAGGAGGUACUUUUGCACUUUACUCUUUGUUGUGUAGACAUGCUAAAGUCAAUUCUCUUCCGAAUUGUCAAUUGGCUGAUGAAGAACUCUCUGAGUAUAAAAAAGAUUCUUGUGGUGGUGGUGGUUCUGGUGUUUCAUCUGAUAGAGGUUUUGCGUUUCGGCUUAAGUCGACGCUUGAGAAACGCAAGGUUUUGCAGAAGAUUUUGCUUAUUCUUGCUUUGAUUGGUACUUGUAUGGUUAUUGGUGAUGGUGUCCUUACACCUGCUCUUUCAGUUUUCUCGGCCAUAUCAGGAUUUGAGCUUUCAAUGUCCAAGGAACAUCAUGCUUAUGUAGAAGUUCCAGUUGCAUGCAUCAUAUUGGUAGGCUUGUUUGCGCUUCAACAUUAUGGCACACAUAGGGUCGGCUUCUUGUUCGCACCGAUAGUUAUCAUAUGGCUAUUUUGUAUCAGUGCCAUUGGACUAUAUAAUAUUUUCUUCUGGAACCCUCAGAUAUACCGUGCACUCUGUCCAAUUUAUGCUUUACGAUUUAUAAGGAAAACUCAGAUGGGAGGUUGGAUGGCCCUCGGCGGAGUUUUGCUCUCCAUAACAGGAUCAGAAGCCAUGUUUGCUGAUCUUGGACACUUCUCACAAUUAUCAAUCCAGAUUGCUUUCACUUCUGUGGUUUAUCCAUCUUUAAUUCUUGCAUAUAUGGGACAAGCUGCUUAUCUAUCAAGACAUCAUGAAGUCGAGCAUGCGUAUCACUUUGGGUUUUAUGUAUCUGUUCCAGAGAACUUGAGAUGGCCUGUUCUUGUGAUAGCUGUAUUUGCUGCGGUUGUGGGAAGUCAAGCCAUCAUAACCGGAACAUUCUCAAUUAUCAAGCAAUGUUCUGCGUUAAAUUGCUUCCCAAGAGUUAAAGUGGUUCACACAUCAUCCAAAAUUCACGGUCAAAUAUAUAUCCCUGAGAUCAAUUGGCUAUUGAUGCUCCUGACCUUGGCUGUUACCAUUGGUUUCAGAAACACACAGCAUCUCGGUCACGCCUCAGGUUUGGCAGUUAUCACAGUGAUGUUGGUCACCACCUGUCUGAUGUCACUGGUUAUUGUACUAUGCUGGCACCAGAAUGUUCUCUUUGCGCUCACAUUUGUUCUCUUUUUUGGCACCAUUGAGUCGCUCUUCUUCUCCGCUUCUCUUACAAAAUUCCUACAAGGAGCAUGGGUGCCGAUUGCACUGGCAUUUGUAUUUAUGACUGUCAUGUAUGUUUGGCAUUUCGGCACACUCAAAAAGUACGAAUUUGAUGUUCAAAACAAGGUUUCCAUCAACUGGCUACUCGGCAUAGGUCCAAGCAUAGGCAUCGUAAGAGUGCGUGGUGUCGGCCUCAUACAUACAGACCUAGUAUCCGGUAUUCCUGUUAUCUUCUCUCACUUUGUAACCAACCUGCCAGCCUUCCAUCAAAUCCUAGUCUUUCUCUGCAUCAAACAUGUGCCAGUUCCGCAUGUUAGACCCGAGGAAAGGUUUCUAGUCGGCCGUGUAGGUCCAAGAAAUUUCAGACUCUAUAGAUGCAUAGUACGGUACGGUUACCGCGAUGUCCACAAAGAUGAUGUUGAGUUUGAGAAUGAUCUUUUAUGCAGCAUAGCCGAGUUCAUACGCACUGGAAGUACUGAAAUAUCUUUGAACGACGAGAUUGAAACAAUUGAAAGAAUGACUGUUGUUGGAACAUAUUCUUCACAAACCAUUUCAAGGAGAGGCGAAAAUGGAGAUAAUAAUGCAGAUAAUUUUGACUCGGAAGAGACAUCGUCGGAGCUUAAAGAGAUAAAGUCCCCACAGGUGAUUCAACAGAAGAAACAGGUGAGGUUUUUGGUACCCGAGAGUCCAAAGAUUGACACAGAAGCAAAUGAAGAGUUAGAGGAAGUGAUGGAAGCUAGAGAAGCUGGAAUAGCUUACAUUAUAGGACAUUCAUACAUGAAGGCUAAACCAGGGUCUAGUACUAUAAAGAAAAUAGCUAUUAAUUUUGUGUAUGAAUUUCUAAGGAGGAAUAGUAGAGCACCCUCCUUUGUACUUGGUGUACCUCAUGCAUCAUCUUUAGAAGUUGGGAUGAUGUACCAAGUUUAAUUUUUGGUUUGACAAAAGAUAGAGUUAUUGACAUCAUGUACAUAUUUGUCAUAUUUUUCUUGUUAUAUAGUUUUGUCAAAAGGUCACACACCACUUAUCAGUGGUGAUAGAUAAAUAGUGUACAAAUUUUGAUC